GACCUCAAGACUCCUAUUUCUCUCUUGCCGACUUCUGUGUUCAGUGCGUAUGUCCCAGCAGAGACAUGACCACGUAUGAAACACGAUCAUAAACACCGAAAUCAAGUUUCAUAUAGGGAGACCUGCUAAUCCAUCAUUUGGAGAAAUUCAGUAGGAAUCCGGGCCUUAGGGUUUUGAGGAACGUCGACGAAUGAGUUUGGACGAGUUUUCCACUUCCAUAAUGGUAACAGAAAAUUAGUCUACAGUGUAGACCGAAAGUUCAAAGCUCAACAUCCAACAGUCGUACCUGAGGAUAUCUCUGUCACAAGUUCUGGCAGCCUGAAGGCCCUGAACAAUACUAGAAUGCUUCCGUCCGUCCGAAUUCGUCUACUAACUUAUGGUUCGGCAAUACCCGCACCAAGCAGCGGAUGCUCAUUAUGGGCGCCUCAGCAACUGCCCUUCAAGCUUCAAGUUCAACGUUUCGACGGUUUCACCGUUGCAGCUGUCUUGACAUGGCCGCUGCAUACGGCCAAUCUUUCAAUGACCUCGAGUCAGGGGAGAACUAUAAACUAGCGGAUAGCGCGGACGAGGAGCAAGUUGCUCUCCUACCAUCCCCCACGAAGGAGCAAGACGCUGCAUCUGAAGAUGAUAUCCCUCGAAAACGCUCCGCUGGCCCAUUCUAUUCUCGUCCUAUCUUCCAGAUAGCUUCGUCUUUCGUUUUGGGUAUUGUUGCUUGCUUAACGUUACAGUAUAUUGUUUGUGCAAUCAACCUCUCUGGCGUGUGUGAUGACGCGUCUUCAGCUAUUGGACGUCUUGCUUCGCCCGAGGCAGGUUCCACCGAGGUUCACAAGUUUCCUCCUUUGUCACCCACCAACGCAUCCCCUUCCUUAUUCCCUAGCUCUGUCGGCUAUGCAGGACCUACUCCUACAGGAGCUGAACCCGGACUCAUACAAACAGCGCCGUCAUACCCUCUACAUACUGGCGCUCCUCACCUCGUGGCGCCUCACUUCAAGUCGAAACAUAAUAGUUCAGAGUCCUCGUCAAGCCGAUUGGAUGGUUCAAGCCGAUUUGAUCUCUUCAAGCAUUGGGGCAAUCUGUCUCCUUGGUUUAGCGUGAAGCGAGGAUCCUUUGGUCUCGACUCUAGCCCUGAGGCACCCGACACCUGUCGCGUAACUGGCCUUCACUUCUUGCACAGACAUGGUGCUCGCUACCCCACGAGCUAUGCUUCAUAUGGUGGACCUGCCAACUUUUCCUCUCGUUUGCAUCAUUCCGCUGCUAAGUGGAAUGGGCAGGGUGACCUAAGUUUUAUGAAUGACUGGACCUACAAGCUAGGAGAAGAAGUGCUCACUCCUUUCGGGCGUCAGCAAAUUUUUGACCUCGGUGUUUCAAUGCGUAUCAAAUAUGGCUAUCUGCUCGAGAACUUCACUAAAACCAACACACUGCCUGUGUUCCGAACUGAGUCACAAGAUCGUAUGUUGGCUUCCGCGCUCAAUUUCGCUAUCGGUUUCUUCGGCUUCCCAUAUGAAGGCCAAUAUCAGCAAAGUAUCACCAUUGAGGCACAUGGGUUCAAUAAUACACUCGCGCCAUACAAGACGUGCCCUAAUGCAAGAACCUCCGGGAAGUCCGACCGGUCUCUAUACUAUGUCCGUGAAUGGGCUUCGAAGUAUUUGGCGGAUGCCCAUGCACGAUUGGCACCUCAACUGGAAGGAUACGACCUGAGUAUUGAAGACGUUUUCACGAUGCAGCAGCUGUGUGCUUACGAGACUGUUGCCAUUGGAUAUUCCAGAUUCUGCGAGCUCUUCAAUGAAGAGGAGUGGAAGGGCUUCAACUAUGCGCUCGAUUUGUUCUUUUGGUACGACUCAGGUUUCGGAUCGCCAGUUGCCCGUGUCCAAGGCAUAGGUUAUGUACAAGAGCUCGUGGCCCGUCUCACUCAUGCCCCUAUCGCCGUCCAUAAUUCGUCUACCAACGCUACUCUUGACGAUAACUCGGUGACAUUCCCUCUCGGCCAAAGCCUCUACGUCGAUGCUACCCACGAAGUCGUCGUGCUUAACAUUAUCACUGCUUUGAAUUUGACCAAUUUUGCUGCGGAUGGACCUUUGCCUGCCAGUCACAUUCCAGAAAAUAGGGCAUUCAAAGUCUCGCACCUCGCGCCGUUUGCGACUAAUGUCCAGUUCCAACGUAAGCUUCUUUCAUUCUUAUCCAUCCUCGACCUUCUCACACCUUCUUCUUUCACAGUGCUUUCUUGCGAGUCUACACCUGACCCUCAAAUACGAAUCAUCAUUAACGACGGUGUCGUUCCCUUGACAUCUAUCAAGGGAUGUUCCGAACACAAAGACGGUCUGUGUCCUGUCUCUACGUUCGUAGAAGCUCAGAAGGAAAUGAUCGCGACAACCGAUUGGGAAUGGGGAUGUCAUGGCGGUUGGGAAGUUCCUGCAGGCCCUGAGUGGAAUACUACUACUGGAUACCCACCUGUUCAGGAGGAUUAGGGGUUGACUUUUGCUAUUGAUCUUUACUGUUGAUUUUUGGGUAGAUUAUGGACAUUCUGGAUACCUAUAUCUGUUUUUGGGUACUUUGUCCGGUUCUGAUACCAUAUACUUUACAUUUUAUGCUACUACCAACAUUUCUUUCCGGCGCUGGUUAGUACACAAGCCAACUCUCAGCCUUGUUCAGCGCAUCAUCCCACCCGCCGUCCUUGCCGGUUUCCCAAACUUGCACACUAUCAACUUCAUCUUUACCCAACUUCAAACCGUUAUACAAGUGAGGAAACAACCCCUCUCCUCCCCUUGGUCCACACACUUCCGCCUUUGGAUCUUCCCACUUCAUAUCCUUGUCAAUGGCGUCAUAAGGUAUCCGCAGCACAUAAACGCGAGAGUCCUCUCGAAAGAAGUACUUGAGCGUUCCAGGGAUUUGUUUGGCUGUGGAUAGGUGGAUGAAACCUGAGGUUUGGUCAAGCUCGCUAACUGGAAGUCUCUCUGGUAAAGGAUCGGGGGGAACAGCGGAGGAUGGGAUCAGUUUGUAGACGUAGCUAGGUUUGGAGGAUGCCUCGGACAUGGUGGAUGAAGUUUAGGAUCGAUCUGAGAUCAAGAAGUAUCGUUUCGCAUUCGCCACUCUAUUGAGGCUCGCUUCCGGCCGCUAAUAUAUUCGUGGUUCAUAUAUAGAAUCUUAGUUCCCUCAGUCAAGUACAAUGCCUGCUCGACUUCUUUCAAAUAUUCUGAGCAAGGUAUAAUUUCAUUCAAAUCGAGUUGUCCAGCCCAAGCACAGUUCUACUAUGUAGUAGACAUCGAAAGGACUCAGCGGUAUAUCGCAAGAACCAGAGUUCGAGCAGAAUCGGAUGAGGGAAACGAG